AUGCGCUUCAAUCUCACAUUGAGCCUGGCUAUACUAGCCAGCGCCACAUCCGCUCAAUCAACAACCCAACUAUUCAAUUUCACCAGCUCAAUCAACAUCGAAAACACCGAGCUCCGCCCAAACGGCCAUCUCCUCCUCACAACUUUCUACAAUGCCCAUCUCUACACCCUCAACCCGCAAUCCCGCACUCCAAAAGCCGAGCUAGUCGCCACACUUCCUGGUGCUACAGCUCUAACCGGCAUUACAUCCAUUAGUCAUGACAAGUAUGCCGUCGUAGGGGGGAUACAGGGCUCAUACCACUACGAUAACGAAACCAUCCACACCGAUUUCAGCAAGAAUGCCACAACCCCCACUAUUCAAAUCGUCGCCCACAUCCCCGACGUCGAGAUGCUAAAUGGCAUAGCUUCAAUGCCGUCGCAGCUGCAUAUCCUCCUAAUUGCAGAUGCGCGGCUGGGCUCUAUCUUCCGCGUCGAUAUGACCACCGGCAUAUCGAAGAUCGUGUUGAAGAACGAUGCUCUCUUCGCGCCUGCAAAUUCGUCUAUGCCAAUUGGUAUAAACGGACUACAGGUUGUUGGAAAUAAUGUCUACUUCACUAAUAGUGCGCUUAAUAUCUUUGCCCGGGUGUCUGUUAGCGAAGAUGGUCGGACCUUCGGUCGUAUUCGGGUUAUUGCGCGUCCGGAGCGCGAGGCGGGUGAUACUGAUUCCGAUUGGGAUGAUUUUGCUAUCGAUGCUAGUGGUAAUGCUUGUGUUGCGCAGCCGGCCUAUUCCAUUGUGGAGAUUGCAUCGGAUGGAACGCAGAGUGUUGUUGGUGGUGGGGGUGAUAGUUUGGCUUUUAUUAGACCUACUUCGGUGCAGAUCAUGCCGGGUCGGAGGUUAGCUUAUGUUACUACUCGUGGAGGUGAUGCGCGGGGUGUUUCUUAUGGUGGGCAGGUUGUUGCUCUUCGGCUUCACGAGUAG